AAAAGAUUGAGGUUAUUGUUGGUUGUUAGAUUUACAAAUAUACCUCAAAACAAUUUGUUAAAAAUUUAUAUUAACAUUUAAAUAGAUUUUUAAGUAUUAAAAUAAUGAGUAAUUCAAUGAAAUAGUGAGAAAAAAAUGUCUGAGCGUGAUUGUGCAAGUACCGAGAAGGAAAAUAAAAAUAAAUUAAUAAAGAAAAGUAAAAUUAAUAAAUUAAACAGUUCGUUAGACGAAAGUGUGAUUGAUAAGCUGUUGAAUGAAGAAACUCCUGAAAACGUGAAUAAUAAACGAAAAAAACUUGAUGAUAGUUUUGAUAGUUCUGAUUCUGAGUAUUUGUGCUCACCAGAAAUAAAAAUUGGACCAGCAGUAAGGUACGAGUUGGACUCGAAUAAAAAAAAGGUCGUCAAAGUCCCGAUGAAAAAAAGUUUUUAGUCUAUCAACUGAUUUAUCAUUUAAUAAUAAUAAUAAAAAUGCCACCGAAGAGACAUUCAUCGUACGUAAGCGAUGAUGAUGAUUCGACAAACGCAAACGUUCGAGAAACCAGAAGCCGGAGCAGAAGUUUAGUUACAAAAAGUCCGUCGAAAUCUCAAAAAUUAGAAGAUCCAAAGACUCCAAGAGAAGCAAGCAUAAUAGUUAAAAUUCGCAGGUCGACGGAGCAGAGCCAGUACAAAUGUGAGAUUGCCGAGCGCAGAGCUUCGUUAAGAAACAGUGUGAACACACUGUUAAGGUACCGAGACUCAGUAACUCCUGACAAAAGCACUCCUAAGAAGAAAAUCAGUCCGAAAUAUAAAACCAGGUCUGCUGUUACGUCAGGCGUUGCUGAAAGACUUUCCAGUUUGAAAAUCACCGAGGACAAAGAAAAUGAGUCUGGUGAUUCUGACGACAGUUUGAAGAUGUUUGAUUUGAAAUCAGACAAUAGAAAAUACAAAGCUCGCUCGAUUACAACCAAUGAGAUCCAAAAAGCUCUGGAAGAAGUCGAAACACCGCGGCUUAGAGAAUUAAGGACCUCGGUGAAAGAAGCUCCUGCAACUCCGAUAAGGCUGAAGAGAAUCGCCGAAGAGUCGACGCCUCGGCGUACCUCCAGGACUCUGUUGACUCCAAGGUCGGUCAAGACUCCAAAUACUCAGAAGGGAGUGACUAAAGCUCCAGCGACUCCCAAAGGAACGCCCAGGAGCUUGAAGUUCCUGACACCGUCUAUGAAGACCAGAAGUGCUGGGCCCGCGAAACCUGUUACUGUCUUGGAGAAAGCUCGAGCACAAUUGCAUGUUUCGGCGGUUCCGAAGAGUUUGCCCUGCAGAGAUCAGGAGUUUAAUGAUAUUUUUGAGUUUUUAGAAAAAAAGAUCAGCGAUGGGAGCAGCGGGUGUAUGUACAUCAGUGGUGUUCCAGGUACAGGAAAAACAGCUACAGUAAACGAAGUGAUCCGAUGUCUCAGAAAACUAACUCACAACAACCGCCUUCCACCAUUUGAGUGUGUAGAAAUAAACGGAAUGAAACUUUCAGAGCCUAGACAAGCAUACGUCCAAAUCCAGAAGCAAUUGACCGGCAAAACAGCGCUCUGGGAAGAAGCCCAGAAGGCUCUAGACAAAAGAUUUACCGGAAAAGACUCCAAGAACUCAAAAGAUUGCAUCACGCUGCUGGUGAUUGACGAGCUGGAUGUCCUAUGCAACAAGAGACAGGAUGUGGUCUAUAACCUUCUGAACUGGCCCUCUCAGGCGACGGCGCAGUUGGUCGUGAUCACGAUCGCGAACACCAUGGACCUUCCGGAGCGCGUGCUGAUGAGUCGCGUAACCUCGCGAUUGGGUCUAACGCGGCUGACCUUCCAGCCGUACAACUUCAAGCAGCUCCACGAGAUCGUGAUAACCAGGCUGAACGAAUCUGACGCGUUCAAGAGCGACGCGAUCCAGCUGGUCGCCAGGAAGGUAGCCGCCGUUUCUGGAGACGCUAGACGUGCGUUGGACAUCUGUAGACGCGCGACUGAAAUUGCCGAGCACCAGGAUUCUAAAGUCGUGGGUAUUUCGCACGUGAAUGAAGCGCUCUUCGAGAUGAUUGCCAGUGUUAAAGUACGCGCUAUCAAACAAUGCUCGGAAAUGGAACGUGUUUUUCUCCAGGCUGUUUGCGCCGAAAUCACGCGUACUGGAGUUGAAGAAACAACUUUUAUUAAUGUUUAUAAGCAACUUGAUGCUUUGUGCUCCUUUGAAGGUGUUACCAGUCCUAAUAUAACUCAGGCUCUGGGGAUCUGCAAUCGGCUGAGUGCCUUCAGAUUGAUUAUUUGCGAUGAGCCAAGGUGCGAUAUCCUCCAGAGAAUUUUUCUCAACGUCUCUAGCGAUGACGUUCAUUAUGCGAUUCAAAUUAAUUAAAUUAUAAUUAAUAAUCAUUAAUAAUAAAUUUACUAGAUUUUUUGCAUUAUGUUAAGUAACUGAUUGAUUUAAGAUUAAUUGACUGUAUUUAGAAUUUAUAUUAAGUGGUUAUUACUUUAUGAUAUUUAUUUUUGAUUAAUUAGCAAAUAAUUUUUUCUUAAUACCAUUAAUUGUUGAUAAUAUUGACUGGUUUUGUACGAG